AUGAUAUUACAACUCUCUUAUGGUGUGGUAUCAAUUGUCAGAAACUAUUCAACCAAAGUUACUCCUAAAUGUUGCACAAACCAAUUUAAAAACAUCAAUGUCAAGAUACCCAGAAAUCCUAAGGUUAUUAAAGUGCAAUGGACUGAUCAACAAUUGCAAGUUUUCGAUGCAAUCGUACGCCGUGAAUCAGUUUUCAUUACUGGGUCUGCUGGCACUGGCAAAACCAAGCUAAUUGAGGAAGUUAUAAAGUCACUUAGGAAAAUUUAUGGCAAAAAAGAGGUUUGUGUAACGGCAUCAACUGGUGUCGUGGCCUGUGCUCUUGGGGGCCAGACCCUGCAUUCAUUUGCAGGUGUUGGCCUUGCUGAAGCUGAUGCUGACAUUUUGCUUUCUAGGGUUUUGGAUAACAAAAGGGUUUCAAAAAGGUGGAAAAUGGUAAAAGCUUUGGUGGUUGAUGAGAUUAGUAUGGUGGAAGGUGAGUUGUUUGAUAAACUCGAAUACAUUGCUAGAAUGAUUCGAGAAAAAGAUGAGCCAUGGGGCGGUAUACAACUUGUAGUUAGUGGAGACUUCUUGCAGCUUCCACCUGUGAAUGUUGGUAAGAAUUCAGGUCGUGGUAAGGUAUUUGCUUUUGAAGCAGAUUCUUGGGAGCAUUCUUUUCAGUUACAAGUGGGUCUGAACACAGUUUUCAGACAGUCAGACCCAGAACUUAUUAGACUGCUUCAAGGUAUCAGAAGUGGGGAGUUGGAUACUGAAGGUCUUGAGCUGCUUGAGAAACGUCGUUGUUCUCGAGAACCUGAAGAGACAGUUGUGAGAUUAUUUCCAAGAAUAACAGAUGUUAAUCAAGUAAACGAAAUGAGACUGAAACGCUUGGGAGAAAAAAUUAUUGUUUAUGAAGCCUUUGAUACAGGGGAUAAACCUUGGAUUGGUCAAUUGGACCGUGGAAUGGCACCCAAGAAACUUCAGCUCUGUAAAGGUGCAAGGGUGAUGCUAACAAAGAACUUAAAUGUGAAGGGCAAGUUAGUGAAUGGUGCUACUGGUACAAUUAUGGGUUUCAAGAUUGUGGUUGAAGGUAACAUUGCAAAGAUAUGUGGUGGUAAGCUGUUGCCAAUAGUGAAAUUCGACUCUGGAGGUGAGAAGAUGAUAGAACCUGCUACAUGGAAUGUAAUGGUGGGAGAUAGGAAGUGCGCUACACGGUUGCAGUUACCUCUUAUUUUGGCGUGGGCGAUGAGUAUUCAUAAAUCCCAAGGCAUGACUCUGGACAGGCUUCACACUAAUCUCUCAGAGGCUUUUGGUUUUGGAAUGAUUUAUGUUGCUCUUUCCCGUUUAAGAAGCUUGGAUGGUCUUUCUUUCUCUUCUGACCUUGACCCUUCAAAGAUUAGGGCCCAUCCCAAGGUUCUUGAGUAUUAUAAGAAGCAUUUUCAAUGA